GACCAUCAGAACUGGAUUUUAACACAAGUAAACGUUGGGAAACCAUAGACAAAGCCAUGCCACCAGAAGAACACCAGUGUACCACACCUGCCAAGAGGGCCAUCAAAAAAAUCCGAAUGACUAGCUUGGUUAUCAGCUUGGCGAAAGGUUGGCAGCAGUGGGCAACUGAACACAACACCAAGCAAGCUCAGGAACCUACUGGAUGGGUACCCAAUGAAGACAAAUCACCAAAUGACCCAAAAGAGUGGACACCUCCAAAACAUUUGCCAACUUUCAAGACAGAUCAGUCAAAAACCGAGAUACAGUUUCCCUCAGGACAGCAAGUGUCAAACAAAGAUGGAGAACAAAAUCCAAGUGAAUCAACAGAAGCUCUGGAGAAAUGUAAUAUUAGAAGUAAAGAAGUUACCAAAAGUGUAAUAAGGUCACUCUCUGAAAGAAGUAGUGACAUUGGUCUUCUCAGCAACAAAUAUGAACAAGAUGAAUUUGCAGAGACAGGAAAGAUCAUCAAUGACCCUACAAAUAUUGAUCAAAUCCUUAGUAAUAAAAUGUCUCCUACAAGAAGGAGAAAGUGCUCUAAUCUGGUAUCAGAGAUGACAAAGGGAUGGAAACGUUUGGAACAAGAAGAACUACAGGACUGUCGCAGCAACAGCUUGGAUACAGAAGAUAGUGGCUAUGGUGAAGACACAGAGGAUGGAUUAGACAGGGAUCAUAAUAUCCAAGAAAUACAGAGUGUUGUGAGGAUAAAACAUCCCAUGGCCUCACACAAAAACAAAAAUCUCAAGUUGCCGAAGAAUUACAGUCCUGUCUACAAUCUAAAGGGGCGAUGGGAAGAAUGGGCUGAUGAACAUGUGACUGUACAGAAACUCAACCCUUUCAGCGAGGAGUUUGACUAUGAGCUCGCUAUGGCCACCCGUCUGCGUAAAGGAGAUGAGGGCUAUGGCCAUCCUAAAGAAGGCACAAAGACAGCAGAACGGGCCAAGAGAGCAGAGGGCCACAUCCACCGGGAGAUGAGAGACAUGUGUUUCAUCAUCAGAACAAUGGCUCAGUCACGACAUGAUGGCAAGAUCCAAGUCACUUUUGGAGAUCUCUUUGACAGAUACGUUCACAUUUCAGAUAAAGUGGUUGGAAUACUCUUGAGGGCCAGAAAACAUGGAAUGCUAGACUUUGAGGGAGAAAUGUUGUGGCAAGGCCGGGAUGAUGCCGUUCUAAUAACUUUGUUAGAAUAAGGUCUUUUUUCCUCAUAGGAUAAGCCAAAGGAUAUCCUUAUACUCGGAAUGUUUUAUCAAAAGGUUUAUCAGAAAGAUUGAUAGACGUCAAAGCUUUCAUCAGUACUCAGAACUUAUCUAUUAAUAUUUAACAAUAGCAUCUCCAUAUUAUUCCACCUCUAUGUUACUGUUUAUUAAAUACAUAGUUUGUUCUGCCAGUACCAGUAGUAUCUGAUUUAACUAUGUUUGUUAAGAUUUCUAUA